AUGAGUCUCCCAUCCAACGUCCACGUCUCCUCCCACCCGCUCCUCCAAGCCAAGCUCUCGCAAUUGCGCUCCUCCUCCACCUCCACCCGCCAGACCCGCGAUCUCGUCCACGAGAUCGCCACCAUACUGGGCGUGGAAGCUUUUGCGUCUGGCUGGAAGACGAAGCAAGAUGGAACUGACACAACCCCGCUCGGCAUUGAAUACCCAACCACCACAAUCGACCCCUCCAACAUCGCCCUGGUCCCUAUUCUGCGGUCAGGGUUAGGCAUGACCGACGCGAUUAACUCCCUCCUCCCAACCUCCAUUCCGAUCUAUCACCUCGGCCUUUUUCGCGAGCGCCUCACCCUCCAACCCGUCGAAUAUUACAACAACCUCCCCUUCCACCGCGAGGCGGGCGCAACGAGCUCGGCCACGGCCAACACCGCCGCCGCCGACACGGCCAUCCUGCUGGAUCCGAUCAUCGCGACGGGCGCCACCGCCGAGGCGGCCAUUCAGCUGCUGCGCGAGUGGGGCGUGCGGCGCGUUGUGAUGCUGAGCGUGCUGGGGAGCGAGGCGGGGAUUCGGCGCGCGGCGGGGACCUGGGCUGAGGGGGUGGAGGUAUGGACGGGGGCGGUGGAUGCGCAGUGCGAUGCGCGCGGGAUGAUCGUGCCGGGGCUGGGUGAUAUUGGGGAUCGGUUGUUUGUUGCCAUUGGAAAGUGAUUCUUUCUCUUCGGGGGGAAGGGUUAUAAGUUAGGUGAAUGCGGAGUUGUCCAGGAAUACUGCAAAGCAGGGAGAAUUAGUAUCAAUCAAUCAAUCAAGUAAGUAAGAAUCGUCUUGGAUAUGAUAGAAACUAUCUGUGGUACACUGUUGCAGUGUAUAUCUCUAUGCACGACAGAGCACAACCU